AAUGAAGAUUUUCUAUCUUUUUAUUACCAUCCUCUUCAUCCCUUGGACUUUUUCUUUGGCAAAAUAUGAUGAGUUUGAGGAUGGAGAUGACAUCCUGGAAUAUGAUGAUAAUGACUUGCUGAGUUUGAGGAUGUUGCUGAAGAUGCAGUCACAGAGUCUCCUCAGAGGAUCAUCACCACAGAGGAUGAUGAGGAAGAAGCCACUGUAGAGCUUGAAGGACAAGAUGAGAAUCAGGAAGACUUUGAUGAUGCAGAUGCCACAGGAAGGUGACACUGAGAGUGAACCCUAUGAUGAUGAGGAAUUUGAAGGCUAUGAGAGAACCAGAUGCAUCUCCUAGCAAAAACAAAGACCCCAUCACCAUAGUUAAUGUCCCUGCUCACCUCCAGAACAGCUGGGAGAGUUACUACAUGGAGAUCCUGAUGGUCACAGGACUUCUUGCUUACAUUAUGAAUUACAUCAUUGGGAAGAACAAAAACAACCGUCUGGCUCAUGCCUGGUUCAGCACUCACAGGGAGCUGCUAGGUAACUUUGCUCUUGUUGGGGAUGAUGGCACUAAUAAAGAAGCUACAAGCACUGGGAAACUAAAUCAAGAAAAUGAACACAUCUAUAACUUGUGGUGCUCUGGAAGGGUGUGCUGUGAAGGGAUGCUCAUCCAGCUCAAGUUUCUCAAGAGACAAGACCUACUGAAUGUUCUUGCACGGAUGAUGAGGCCAUCCUCUGACCAAGUGCAAAUAAAAGUAACAAUGAAUGAUGAAGAUAUGGACACCUAUGUGUUUGCUGUUGGGACAAGAAAAGCACUGAUACGACUUCAGAAAGAGAUGCAGGACCUGAGUGAGUUCUGCAGUGAUAAACCCAAGUCUGGUGCAAAAUAUGGGCUUCCAGAUUCACUGGCUAUCUUGUCAGAGAUGGGGGAAGUCACUGAGGGAAUGAUGGAUGCUAAGAUGAUCCAUUUCCUCACUCACUACGCUGACAGGAUUGAGUCCGUCCAAUUCUCGGACCAGUUCUCCGGUCCAAAACUUAUGCAAGAGGAGGGGCAGCUUACAAAGCUGCCUGAAACUAAAAAGACACUUUUGUUUACAUUUAACGUGCCUGGUUUAGGCAACACUUCCCCAAAGGACAUGGAGUCUUUGCUGCCCCUGAUGAGCAUGGUUAUCUACUCCAUCGACAAAGCCAAGAAGUUUCGUCUCAACAGAGAAGGGAAGCAAAAAGCUGACAAGAACAGGGCUCGGGUGGAGGAAAACUUCCUGAAACUGACCCACGUGCAGAGGCAGGAGGCUGCUCAGUCCCGGCGGGAGGAGAAGAAACGGGCGGAGAAGGAGCGGAUCAUGAACGAGGAGGAUCCCGAGAAACAGCGCCGGCUGGAGGAAGCUGCUUUACGACGUGAGCAGAAAAAACUUGAGAAGAAGCAGAUGAAGAUGAAGCAAAUCAAAGUGAAAGCAAUGUGACUCCCUCCUCAGCAGGGUCUGGCUGCCACUUGUGGAUUUUGGAAUUCACAGGGUACAAAGACCUCCAGAACUCCAUCCUAACUCCACUUUUUUUGAACACUAGAAAUGCUCCUUGCAUUGGUGUUACUUGUUUUAAGUAUUACAGCAACGUGCAGGUCUGUGUAGAGAGCUUUGGCUCAGCAGUUUUAUUCCAGGUGGUAUAAAUUUUUGCUACUUGUUUAGGAAAAAAAAAAAAAAGUUUGCAAUAUUCUUGAAUGCUGUCAUUUGUUCUUUAAAAAGAAGGAGGUUGGUCACCUGUUCAUCUUCAAAACAUUCAUGAUUUGGUUUUAAAACUUGGGGUUAUUUGGGAGGGAAGGGGAAGACUGCACAAUAAACAUUUACUGUGCAAUUUCUUUGCAUCAGGCUUGAAAAGGCACAAAAUUAAGAGCCUUCCAUACACAGUAUGGAUUCUUCAGGGAUUUAAGCUCAGUAGAAGUGAUUUUUAUUUUCUUUUUAAUAAACCAAGGGACUGAAACAGUAUUUGGUCACCUGGUGUGUAUGUAAAACACAAAGGUGGGGUUGAUACAAGUGUGGAAUACAUGAAAUUUCCUCCUUGUGGUUUUGAUUCCUGCAAGCUUAAUAUAAUGUGAAGUCUGUAAUGCCAGCAUGGUGCUUCUGCAGGAGUCAGUGUGUGCUGAGUUAGCAGCUUCAACCACCUUUCCUGGAAUGUUUUUUACCUGAGUUUGCCUCAAAAAGUUUUUUCCUGAAGUUCAUUUCAGCCAGAAGAAAGAUUCAGUGGAGUAUCUGCCAUUGCCAAUUCCCCUGAGCAAGUUAAAACAUUUUAAAGGAUGUGUCCUCUUCAGCUGUGGGAAAUGAUCACUUCAGGUUGCUGAAUAUCAACUGGGAGAAUGAAGUGAAUGCCCCUGUGCAAGCACUUUGCUACCAGAGAGCUCUGCAUUUUAUAAAUGCUUCCUGUCUAGAAGGUGUUUUAUCGUUGCUUGUAACAGAGUGGGGUUUGUGGGCAAACAAUGUCUUGCUUUUUUUAUUUUUUGGUGUAAUGACUUAGUGCAAACUUGCCCCUGAGGCAAUAAGACUGAGCUGCUGUUGAAACAGCAAUUGCUUCAACUUCUUGUUCCAGCAUGGGAUACUUCAAACAGAUUUAAAUGCAAAUGUCUGUAACCUGAUACAUGGCAAAUACAUUGAUUUGAUAA